CAGCAUUUUCUGCCGAUUUCUGAGAUUCCUGCAUGUUCAUGGCUAUCUACCGCCAAUGUUUGCAUCAAAGUAUACUUUCACAGCAUAACCUGAGAAGACGAGAUAUGGAUGAAACAACUAUUAUUUUUUAAACUUAUGACCAUGACGGAUUGUGUUACCAGCACCGAGGAUUUGUGCGUUGAAGUGAAAACUACUCAAGAAAACAUUCUUUUGGGAAUUAUUAAGGAACUGUGUUGUGAAAACGGCAAGCUUUCAGAUAAUUUAAGGGGAAAAGUGAACCGAAUCAUAGCUGACUGUGACCUCACACACUAUUCCAGUUUGCACAAGCUGAGUACGGCCGACGAAAGUACAGCAAUGUUACUUGGUUUCAUGCAUCAAACCUCAUCCGAGCUUUCUUUUGAAGAGCAGGCAGAAUUGAACCAAGCUAUCAUCCACAAAAUACAAGUCAAAAUACCAGCUUUCACCUCAGAACUGGAACGUCUCAAACAGUCUUCUGUAUCCAAUAAGAAAUCACAUAAAGAUCAAAUCAAAGAAUUGCAAGAAGACUUGGAUGACAAAUUGGGGACUUUGCAAGACCAAGAGACACAGAAGGUAGACCUGAUGAUGGAAUGGCUGACACACAGGCUUCAGGAAGUGAAUAAGUUCAGUGACAACUCAACAGAACUGCUAAAUUUAAAAACCAAGAUUUUGGACAUGAAGUCAAAAAUCCUUCAUCUCCAAAUUCUACAAAACAUCUUUACGGAGACCAACCAGUCUAUUAAAGCUUACAGCGAAAUCCAUAAGGACAUCAAAGAAACAAUCAAGGAAACGGAACAAAGAAUCAAACAUUACCAAGAAAUCAUUGCUAGCGAUGUGUAGUUUGUCUUAAUUUUUUUUUAAUAUUCAAUAUUGGGUCAUGCAUUUGUCUUCCAUCUCACCUGAUGGUAAGUGAUGUUACAUUCCUAACGAGAGAUACCCAUUUAUUCUACUUUAUAUACACAGUUAGUACUUGUCUGGGAAUAUAAAUGCAAUAGGAUUAUUGUAUGAGUAGGCCUUUUUAAUUUAGAAAAAUGUGUCUGAAAGAAUCCUUUUAGACUGUAAAAACAACAGACUGGCAACACUAAUUUAUCAUUUAUCCAUUCACAGAAUUGUGUUACAAGAUAGUAACUGGAUGAUACUAUAUUUUAAAAUUAAUACUUAUAUAGAUAAACAUCCAAGACCCAGGCCAAUCAGAGAAAGUUUGUUUCUCAUCAUGCCCGGGAUUUGAACAUGAAACAUUCAUAAAGUACAAAAGGGCAGCCUUAACACUAAUGUAUGAUUUAGAAGUUUAAAAAAUGUGUUUAGUAAUUAGUAAUGUUAUAACUCUUGUUAUGUGCCAAA